UGGGGGGCUAGCCGUCGGUCCCAACGUCGUGCCCUCCAAAGACCCUCCACCUGUGGGCUCCCCUUUCGCUUGUGGGGCAGAGCUCCGCGCUGGGCGAGGGGGUGUCAGGCGAAGAGGGCAGAGCCGGGAGGGAAGCCGCCCUGCGCGUGAUCCCCUCCAAGCAGCCGCCCCCCGCCCGCCUGGGCCAUGACUCGGCUCCGCCAGCCCUCCCGCGCCAAGCGGCGACUGGGACCUCCACCUCCGCUUUUGGCCGCCGCCCUCGCAUCCAGGGCGGCGGGAGGCUCGGCCGGCAGCUCCCAGGCUCGGGGAGGCGGGCGGGUGCCUACCUGGCCCCUCAUUACGGGGGCGGACUCGGGCAGGUUCCUGGCCCUCGCGGCAGCCUCGCUUCUGCUCCUGGCCGUGGUGGCUGCCGACGAGCCGCUGAGCUCGCCAGAGCCCACAUCCUCAGCCAGCAGCCAGAGCCCAGCGCCCCUGGCAAAUUCUGAGCCCCUCAUCACUGGCAAAUCGGAGGCCUCUGGAGAAAGUGAGAUCGCCAGUCCUGUGGAGCAAGCAACGACAGGUGGGCCCCCCGUGAGCUUUGCGCAGGCCGAUCGAUCCCACACUGAGGAGAUGAACGGGGACCUGCUGCACAGUGACGCCUCCAACCUUGGCUCCUUCAGCCUGGACCCCUUCCCCGGAGACGCACAGAGCGGCCCAGCCAUGGAGGAGCCAUCCCACUCCCACGAGUCCCAGGAAAGCUUGGACCAUGAAGUCGAUUCAGAAGAGUCCCUGACAUCCCCAGGCAUGUGAGGAGGGCUGCUGCCACCACCUCUUCCCACCCUCCCGAGAUGCCCCGGUCGACUGCAAAGAUCUGCCUGCUCUUGUGCUAUCUAACCCGGAUCCAUUGUUUCAGCCAUUCCCUGGUUCCUGCCACUAGGCCCAGAAUAGGGGUGCUUGUGUGUGUGUGUGUGUGUGUGUGUGCAAUUUGGGAAAGAUGACAACGGCACCAGCAUGUUCCUCUGAUGUUGUGGCACCCUCGUUGGUGUCUUCUAAAAGGCCUCAUGGCCAGAGGCUGCAGGGAAGGGCUAGAAGGGGCCUUGAAGGCCACUGGGCCAGCCCUCCUGGCCCUUUUAGGACUUAUGGACCAACUCCCAGAAUUCCUGAGCCAGCCAUGCUGGGCUUCUGGGAGUUGAAGUCCACAAGCCAAAAGGGCGAUUGUUCUCCCCACUUCUCUAAAGCAUAGGUAUCUAUGUGCCCCCAACCACUUACUCAUCAGCGCUUGGCAGCAGCAGCAAAGUGACCCUUUGGGGGGGAAGUAGGUGACCCCCAGCACCAAGCGGGCCCCACACCCAACUAAGCACCUCCAGGGCCUGAUGCAGCUGCCCUUGCCUUUGCUUGGGGUGGUGUCUCCUUGAAGGGGAGGGGCUGGUGGGUGGGCCCCUGCUGAGUCUCCAGACAGCAUUGUGCUCUCUUCUCAUGGCCCUGGCUAGAUCACCUAGGGCUGGGCUGGAAGAUCUUCCCUCUCCAGGUGUGGGGAGGGGGGCCCAGGCCUGCAGAGGGAAGGGAUUAUGGGCCCAAUUAACGGAGGUUUUCUGAGAUGGAGAUGAGACCCCCCCCGGAGGGCUCCAAGAAGGGUCUUCCUGGGUUGACAAGUGAGCCCCAAGGAUUUUAUGGAGUGGAUGCCAAAACAGACCCGAUCCACUGUGUCUGUCUAGAGCCCCACAGGCUGGGGAACCUGCAGUCCAGUGGCCAUCUUUUUAAGAUUUGGAGGUUGGAUCUUGUGAAGGAGAAUGCGAGGUUUGUUGAGGAUGGAUGGUGACCUGGUCAGGGGGGUGGGUGGG